AUGGACCUAAGGGGCCCCCAGGGUCCCCUGGGGCCCCGGGAGCCUCGGGGGCCCCCACCUAGACAUGAGGGCCAGCGCAGCCUGCAGCAAACUGGCCAGGGGGACCCCAGCCCUGAGGGCCCUGCAGGGCUGGGGCCCCCAGGGCCUCUUGGGGCGGGCUGGCUGGGGGGCCCCCCUGCGGGCGCCUCUGGGGGCCCUCCAGAGGGGCCCCUAGGGGCCCCUCGAGGGUUUUAUCAGAGUCAUAGGGGUCCCCUUGAGGGUCCUGAGGAGCCCCUAGGGCACAAGGGGGGCCCUUUGUUUCAUAGCCCCGCCAGGGGGCCCUCUGAAGGCCCACCCACUUCUACAGAGGAGUCCCGAAGGGGCCCCGUAAGUUGUUCCUCUAGAGGCCCCCACGGGGACCCCCUUGGGGGCCUCCAAGGGGGCCCCCUGGGGGGCCCCGACGGGCAAGGUUUUGUUUUGAAAGAGGACCAAAUGCUGCAGCUAACUGUGAAGCAGAUGUUGAUGCUGCUGCCAGCUGCAACAGCAGCAGCAGUACACGAAGCUCUGAAGCGUUUGCUGCUGCUUCCAGAGUCCCAAGCAGCAGCUGCGGCGGCCCUCGAAAGGGCCUGCUGCUGCUGCUGCCGCUGCUGCAGCAAGAAUAGCAGCAGCAAAGGAGCUGAACAGCAGCGCCGCGGUGGCCCUGCGCCCCACACAGAGCUUCUGUGGCAGCAACACCAGGGGCCCCCGGGGCCCCCGGGGGCGCCUGAGGGGCCCCCAAACCCUCACAGCCUUGGCUGUCUCCAGGGGCCCCCGAGGCUUCAGCAGCAGCAGGGGGCCCCGCAGGCCGAGGGCCUCAAGGAGCAACAAACUCACCAACGCCCCAAAGGUCCAUGGGGGCCCCAGGGGCCCCCGGGGCCCCAGGGGCCCCAGGGACCCCGGGGGCCCCUGGGGCCCCGAGGGGUCCAUUUUGAGGAGGCGCCCCAAGGGGCCCCCGGAGCCCCCUUUGCCGAGGGGCCUCAAGGGCCCCAAUCUGCGCUGGGGCCCCAAGGGACCCGAUUACCCCAGGGGCCCCGGGGGCGCCGGGGGCCCCUGGGGCCCCAGGGGCCCCGGGGGCGCCGGGGGCCCCUGGGGCCCCAGGGGCCCCAGGGGCCCCCAAUAGCGCAGUCCGGGGGCCCCCCCUUUGGGCGGGGGCCCCAGACCCGGCCGAGGCCCUGUGGCCCGAAGAGGGGCCUGGGGGCUGAUGGGCCCCAGGAGGCCCCAAAAGCCCACAGCCCUGAAGCUUACAAAGCCCCUCAGGGGCCCCAAAGAGGGCCCCAGGGGCCCCCAAGUGUGCCCCAGGGGCCCCCAAAUGUGGGCCCUAGCUCGCAGCAGGUCUCGCGAGCUGGGGGCCCCCAAGAGGGGCCCCCUACUGCUGCUCGCCGCAGUGAAAGUGGCCCAGAAAUGGGCGCUGCGUCGAUAGCCCAUCAGAUGGGGGCCCCCCAUAGGGGCCCUUCUUAUGAGGGUCCCCAAGGGUCCCCCCGGGGGGCCCCCAGAGGGGCCCCUCUGGGGCCUGCUGAUGGCUGGCAGGUAUUUGAGUGGCCGCUGCAGCAGCAGGGACAAAGAGGGCCCCACCCUCGAGAAGCCGAGCAGCAGAAAUGCGAGCAAGUUGUGCCGCUGCCCCAGCAGCAGCAGCAGCAGCAGCAGCAGCAAAGACGCCAGCCUCCAGAGAUGCAGCAGCAAAAGAAAAAGGAACAGCAGCAACAGCAGCAACAGCAGCGACAGCAACAUCAGCAGCAGCAGCAGAAGCAGAAGCAAGAGCAACAACCGCAGCAAGAGCAGCAGCAGAAGCAGCAGCAGCAAACAGUGCUGCUUAGCUCUCUUCCAAAAGAGCCUCAGCUGCUGCAGCCACAAAGGGCCCCUCUACCCCCGAGGCGCCGACCAGCAGACCCGGGGGCCCCUGGGGGCCCCCCAAUGCAGAGAGACACAACUGCUGCAAGCAGCAGUUGGGUUUCUGAGGAAGAGUCACUGCAGCAGCAGUUACUGCAGCAGCAGCUACUGCAGCAACACUUGCUGCAGCAGCAGUUGCAGGAACAGCAACCGCUGCAGCACCAGCAGCCACUGCAGCAGCAGCAGUUGCUGCAGCAGCAGCUGCUGCAACCGCAAAAGCUGCAACAGCAGUUGCAGGAACAGCAACAGCUGCAGCAGCAGCGACUGCAGCAGCAGAAGCUGCUGCAGCUGCUACAGCAAGAGCAGCUGCAGCAACACUUUCAGCAGCAGCAGCUGGGCUCUCGAGAGCAGGCUCUGUUGAUGCCACGUGAAGCAGCAGCAGCAGCAACAGCAGCAGCAACAGCAGCAGCAACAGACGAAGCAGUCUCCAGCGAAGAUGCUGCAGAUACAAAUCGAAGCAGCAGCACUGAAGAUGAGGGAAGCUCUUUAGCAGCUGCCCUGCAGGCAAAAGCGCAGAAGCAGCGGCAGCAGUGGCAGCAGCAGCAGCAGUGGCAGCAGCAGCAGCAGCAGCAGUGGCAGCAGCAGCAGCAGCAACAGCAACAGCAACAACAAAAGCAGCAGCAGCAGCAGCUAUUAAGAAGCGCUGCUGUGGAUGAAAGCAACUUCGUGUCUCCUUGUGAGACUGCUGGGGGCCCCAGGAGCCCCGAGGGGCCGCAGCUGGGGGGCCCCCAUAAGAGCAGCGCUGCAGCUGUGCUGCAGGGGCCCCCGCAGCAGCAGCCAUCCACGACGGUGCAGCAGCAGCAGCAGCAGCAACAGCAAGAGGAGGGGCCUUACGAAGCGAAGCUGCGUUCCUAUGAAAGUGAGUCGGAUCAUCCACACUGGUGCGGCAGCAGCAGCAGCAGCAGCAGCAGCAACAGCAGCGCGCGCAACUCGCUGUCGCUGCCGCCGCAGGAGCAGCAAAUCGUGCCGACGAUAGCCAAGAUGCUGCAGCAGCGGGGCAUUCUUAGAGAGGCCCCUUGGGUGUCCUCUUCCUUUCCAGCUGCUGCUGCAGCCAGCACCAGCCUAUACAGCAGCAGUAGCAGCGGCAGCGGCAGCAGCGGCAGCAGCAGCAGGAUGAGUCUGUCUACAGACUUGGGGCCUGGGUCUCAGGAGUUCUGCAGCAUCGACGACGAGAACACCCUGGGCUUCUCUCUGAAUGGUAAGGGGCCCCCAGCAGCAGCAGCAGCAGCAGCAGCAGCAGCAGCGUCUCAGGGGGCCCCCGGCGGGGCCCCCACGGCGAGGGGCCCCUCAAGGUUCCUGCGGCGGCGCCCAGAAAGAGUUGUGCUGCAGCGCAGCAGCAAAGCAGAACUUCCGGACUUCUCUUAUGUGACAAGUGUCGUAAGGAAAGAGUGCUGGCGACGGGCUAAAACGCAGCAGCAGCAGCAACAGCAGCAGCAGCAGCAGCAGGGGAAGCCGUGCACGCAGCGACACAAUAUGGAGCAGCAAACGCAGCGCCAAGUACGACCACAGCAGCAGAUGCAGCAAGCCAAACGGCAACAGCAGCAACGGCAGCAGCAGCAGCAGCAAAAGCCGCAGCAGCAACGAGAGCAGCAGAAACAACCGCAAGAACCACAGAACCACUAUCAGGAGCAGCAGCAGCAAAUGCAGGAACAACAGAAGCAGCAGCAGCAGCAGCAGCAGCAGAUUCCAGCCAGGGCGGCGCUAAUGCGGGCGCAAGCCGCACGGCUACUCGCUGGGAGCCAGCAGAAAAUGCAGCAGCGCGUGGCCGAGAGGCUCAGGGGCGGCUCCUUGCUGCAGCAGCAAGAAGUGAACAGGAGGGCCAUCGUCGCUGCUGCUGCUGCUGCUACUGCUGCUGCUGCUGCUGAGGCACGGACGCUUCCCGAAGACCGCAUACGUCCCAGCUCUGGCGCUGCAGACAAGCAGCAACAGCCACAGCAGCAGCCUCAUGUCGUAAGGAAAGAGUGCUGGCGACGGGCUAAAACGCAGCAGCAGCAGCAACAGCAGCAGCAGCAGCAGCAGGGGAAGCCGUGCACGCAGCGACACAAUAUGGAGCAGCAAACGCAGCGCCAAGUACGACCACAGCAGCAGAUGCAGCAAGCCAAACGGCAACAGCAGCAACGGCAGCAGCAGCAGCAGCAAAAGCCGCAGCAGCAACGAGAGCAGCAGAAACAACCGCAAGAACCACAGAACCACUAUCAGGAGCAGCAGCAGCAAAUGCAGGAACAACAGAAGCAGCAGCAGCAGCAGCAGCAGCAGAUUCCAGCCAGGGCGGCGCUAAUGCGGGCGCAAGCCGCACGGCUACUCGCUGGGAGCCAGCAGAAAAUGCAGCAGCGCGUGGCCGAGAGGCUCAGGGGCGGCUCCUUGCUGCAGCAGCAAGAAGUGAACAGGAGGGCCAUCGUCGCUGCUGCUGCUGCUGCUACUGCUGCUGCUGCUGCUGAGGCACGGACGCUUCCCGAAGACCGCAUACGUCCCAGCUCUGGCGCUGCAGACAAGCAGCAACAGCCACAGCAGCAGCCUCAGCAGCAGCAGCAGCAGCAGCAGCAGCAGAUUGUGCUGCUGCAGCAUGACAUAAUGGAAGAAGUGGCCCCUCCUUGCAGCUAUUUGCCCUAUUUGCCGCGCGGCCGUCGCCUCCUGACUGCCCCAGAUGGGAGCCCCUCCGAGGACCCCUUGGGGACCCCAAAGGGGGCCCCCCAGGGGCCCCCUCAGGGGCCCCCAAAGAGGCUCCCCAGGGGGCCCCCCCAGGGGGGCCCCCAGGGUAGUCCCCUGGAGGCGCCUACAGAGGGGCCCUCAGGGGCCCCUAAGGGGGCUGUGCCUUCCCAAGGGAGGCCCCUGGAGCUCUGCUGCCUAGGCCCUUGUGGGGGCCCCCCUGAGGGCCCCUUCCCAGAAACCCUAGAAGACCUCUGCGGGGGCCCCUGUGGCAGCAGCUGGGACGGCCAGUGCAGCCCUCUCGGGGGCCCCCCUGGGGAUCCCUCUGGGGGCUUUGGUAGGAGCCCCCCUAUAGGCACCAAUGGGGGAGCCAUGGGGGCCCCCAACAAGGCCGGUAGGGGCCCCUUUGGGGGCCCCAAUGAAGACCCCAGUGGGGGCCCCCAUGAAAGGCGCAGCGAUGGCGCCAGUAGGGGCCCCUUUGGGGGCCUCAAUGAAGGUCCCAGUGGGGGCCCCAGUGAAGGCCCCAGCGAGGGUGACGCUGGGGGCCUCUCUGGGGGCCCCUUUCGGGGCCCCUCUGGAGGCCCCCCUGGGGGCCCCUCGGGGGGCCCCCUUGGGGCCCCUAGUGAGGGCCCCCGUUCUGAUAGUGGGCGAAAGGGCUUCUCGCUGGCGGGCUUCAGCGCUUUGGCGAUUUUGAAGGCUGCCAACAAAAUGAAAGAUUUGAAUAGAAAGAAGCGAGAGAGCUGCAGCAGUUCUUGUCCUGCGCAGGCCCAAACAGAGUGGACAGAUGAGGAUGAAGAAGAAAUGUCUGGGGCGGAGGCCCUGCGCCAGUCGUACCAGGAGUGCCCAGGGUAG